AUGACUGAUGUUGCUAUAUUCAAUUUAAAACAAGACAUUAAUGAAGAUGAAUUAAAAACAUUAUUACAACCAUAUGGAAAAAUUAAUGAAGUAAAAAGGAUAUUAAAAAUGAAUAAACAAAGUAUUGGAAUUGUUGGGGCAACAAAAAAAAAAGAAAUAAAAAAAAUAAUAGAAGCAUUAGAUGGUAAAGAAAUUGAACCAAAUAGAAAGAUUAGCGCAUUAAGACUCGGUUUUGUUCCAUUAUCCCCAAUUGAAGAAUCAUUUAAUAAAGCUUGUCAAGAAUAUAUUUCUAAAGAACAAGAAAUUAAAUCAAAAGACAAAAUAAGUGAUGAUUUCAAAUCCAGAUUAAGGGAUGUAUCAAACGAUGAGUUUAGAAGUAGAUUAAAAGAUAAACCAAAAGACAAACUAAAAGAUAAAUCAAAAGAUAAACUAAAAGAUAAAUCAAAAGAUAAACCAAAAGAAUUAGAUGAAAUUGUUACUCUUAUUAAUCAAUUAAAUGACUCGAAUAACAAAGGUAAUACUGAUAAACUCAAUGAAUUAAAUAAAAAACUAAAAGAAUUUGAAGAAAAAACUGGAGGAAUAAAGCAGCAGCAUUCUUUUUAUGACAAAAAGAAUUUCAAGUAUCAAAGCAAAAAAGAUUUUAAAUCCUAUAAAAAACAUCAACAAGAGGCAAAACCAAGACCACACCAAAAUAAAAAAUAA